AUGGACACGGCGGUGACCGACGCCGACGUGUCCGUCGCGUCGGCGUCGGUCACUGAUGACGCGGCGCUGGAGCACACCUCUCCAGCAGAAGAGGAUGACGCCGACGCGAGUCUUCGGCGUCAGGCGGACUUGCCCUUGGGCGGCGCGUUCGAGCUCCUGGUCCUGGGCGCGGUGAUCCCGCAGAAGGAGGAGGAAGAGCCGGCGGCGGAGAUGAAGAAGCCGGCGGAGGAGAUGAAGAAGCCGCCGGAGGAGAUGAAGAAGCCGCCGGAGGAGGAAGAGCCGCCGGAGGAGAUGAAGAAGCCGGCGGAGGAGAUGAAGAAGCCGGCGGAGGAGAUGACGCCGGCGGAGAAGAUGAAGAAGCCGAACAAGAUGAAGAAGCCGCCGGAGGAGAUGGAGGAGAUGGAGAUGGCUCUCGCGGUGGAGAGCACAUCCGCCGAGGCGAGUGAGGAGGUGGAAAGCAGAGGCGUCGAGCGGCCCCUUGCUGCGCACGGCUCCCUAGCCAGGGCCUGGCAGGGAAAGAUCCCGGCCAAGGGGAGCGCGAACUCACAGGAGGCGCCGCCGGAGGAUUUGGACGUGAGCGACGUCUCUGGGCUGUCCGAUUAUCAGAGCGACUAUAAUUAG